AUGACGUGGCAAUCCAGAAGUUGGACGAACACUGAACCGAUGCGCAGGAAAAAUUAUGAGAGGCAUCUGUUCAGGCAAAUACUGCAAAAGUCGGAAGAGAGGUUUGCUGAUUUUGUUCUUCGCUUACGUAUUCAGGCUAAGCGUUGUGAAUUCGACAAGUACGAUGCCAGAGAGGUUGAGGAAAGGAUUAUUGAACAGAUUGUGGAGGGAUGUAGAUCAACAGAGCUACGGCGCAAUAUUUUGGCCAAAGAUUUGAGACUAGAAGACAUCAUAACACUUGGGACUACAUUGGCGGAUGUGCAGGAACAGAUGAAGCAUCUGGAUCGCAAUGAUGCGAAGCCGUCAAGCGGAGGAGGCAAUCAUUUUGGGGUGAACCCAGUGUUCAAAAAGGGACCGGCAUCCAGAUGGAACACCACUGGAAUCCAACGGGAUAGAAAUCCUCACAGUUGGGUCCCGGCAGCAAAAUCGUUCAACUCAACGGACCGAAAAUGCUUUGCUUGCGGAUAUAGAGGUCAUCUGAAGGGCGAUUCUACUUGUCGGGCAAAAGGUGCCAAAUGUCUGAAGUGCGGGCAGCUGGGACAUUUUAUGAAUCGGUGCUUGAAGCGCAUCAACCAGCCGGAUAUGACAAUGGAGAAACCAAAACGAAUCCGAUUGGUUGCAGAGGAGGAAGAACCGAAGGAAGGGAACAUCUUUUUCGCUAUGGGGAAUAACUUGUUCGAAUUCAUGGUGGGUGGUGUGAAAAUCCCCAUGAUCAUAGAUUCCGGGGCGGCUGCGAAUCUUAUCGACAAAGCUACAUGGGAACGAGUUCGGAAGACAGGAAUGAAGAUUAAAGAAUAUUGGGCGAAACCGGACAAGAAUUUGCUUGCGUACGCUACGAAGGAACCGAUGGAAAUUGUGGGUAUGUUCACGGCCGAAGUCCAAGCGGGUUCGAUUAAGACGGAUGCUAAAUUCUACAUCGUCGAACACGGACAGCACUGUUUGCUGGGAGACAGCACAGCAAAGGAGCUGAAAGUGCUAAGAGUCGGAUUUGAUAUCGGAUCAGUUGGAACGGCCAAAGACGCAUUCCCAAAAAUAAAAGGAGUUCUAGUUGAGAUCCCGAUCAACAGGAAGGUUCAACCAGUGCAUCAGGCGUAUCGCCGAGCGCCAAUUCCCUUGGAAGAACGGAUUUUUGAGAAGCUGCAGUAUCUUUUGGAAAAGGACAUAAUUGAGAAAGUAGAAGGCCCAUCAGUGUGGGUGUCACCACUGGUUCCCAUUCUGAAGGAGUCGGGAGAUGUCAGGCUCUGUGUGGACAUGCGGCAAGCGAAUCGGGGUGUGCUUCGAGAACUUCAUCCGUUCCCGCUGAUCGAAGAACUGCUCGGAAGGGUGAAUGGAGCGGUGAAAUUUUCAAAGGUUGAUGUUAAGGACGCUUAUCAUCAGCUAGAAUUGUCGGAAGAUUCGAGGGUGAUCACUACGUUCAUAACGAAGUACGGCUUGUUUAGGUACAGUUGUUGA